AUGUAUGUUCCAUGGCGAUCGCGACGGAGCUCAUCCGAAGAUGUGGACGACACUUUUCAUCAAGUAUACGUGCCACUUCUGAGAACUUCAUUGAAAAUCUCGAUAAUCAAAUACAUCUGUCUCUUGGUGUACUGUAUCCGAUCAAUGCAAGAACAUCUCUCAAUACCGACGUACUGCAAUGAUCCGAGUUCUCCCAUUCGAUGCAGUUCAUCUUCUUGCUAUUGGCUGCAUAAAGUCGUUUUGAAUCUUCCACGUUUCAUGAUCAAUGAGUGGUUUUUCGUUGAACAAUGUGCAUACCUUCUUAUUUUCUUCUUCACUUCGUGCUCGUUGUUUCUGUAUUCUGUGUAUUUAGUUAAAAAAGAACACGACUUGAAAAUUCGGUAUAGAGCCAUUCUCACUCUUCCAAGCAUGUUUUUCGAGCUUAUAAUAUGCUUCCUUUCUUACUACGCCACAAUUACUUCAAUUUUCGAAUAUUCUAAAACAGCCAAAUUGAAUCCGAAUUUCCAUUCGUCAGCAUUCAUCAUUUUCGCUUUCAUCAUAUCACUCUUCUAUGCGAUUUUGAUAGUGAUUCAUUUCUCUUCACUCUACUACAUCAUGAUCUAUCCGGUCGUCCCGUUGUCAGUUUACACCGUGUCGAAUGCAAACUAUUCGACAAUGAAUUACGGGCAAAUGAGUGGAGGAAGUGGAAGUAGAAGUCAGCAGUAUGAGCCAUUCCAAGCGAUGCCCCUGAUGAAUGACUCGUACCGAUUGUCAAUCAACAACUGGCAGACGGGCAAUGACGCACGAGGCACUGUUAGCUCAUACUCGCAAGUUCGCAGCUGGAAUAACACGCUGCGAUCCACUAACACACUGCGAGCACCUCGAGAAACCAUUCUUCGCGAAGAUGACAGCGACUAUUUGGAGCUCGUCUAA